GCGCGCGGCAUGGGGGAUAAACACUUAACCCCCCUUGCGCGCGGAGGAUUUUGAGCUUCCACGCUUGUCCGCGCUUGAAAUAGAGCGCCUCGCGAAUCACCCAAGCGACUAAAGGACGCCUACAGCGCAGCAAGGCCACUGUGCCCCAGAGGCCACAGACCAAGGUUGGGUGCUUGACAGCACAAAUAAGGUUGGCUCCUUGACCGCACAAAUCAAUGGAUUAUCUCGACGAACCGCUCCGAAAGGACUGCUCGACAGCCCGCCUCGCUGUUGUCGGCGGCUCGCCGCGAAUGACGAGCGGCGUCGCCUUCGCCCUCGCGCGGCGCGCGGCGGAACGCGACGCCGCCGCGGCGCCGCUGCUGCUCUGCCGGCGGCGCGACGACGCCGCGGCGCCGCCGCCGCCGCUGCGCGACGAGGCCGACGCGCCGCCUACUACAACUUUACGCGGGCACGCCGACAGCCCAGUGCUUGACCGCGUCCGUUUAAAGUACGUCGCGGGCCUCGCCGACGUUGCGUGGAUCUUGAACAACUGCCAGUCCUGGCCGGGCGACCACGCGCGGCCGACGCUGAUAAUAAUCGACGACGUCGCGGCUCUUUCUACGACGGAGGGCGCCUGGGAUGCCGCGGCGCUGCAUCGCCUCGCGAUCCUCGCCAAGCUCGCGGACGCGGCCGCGACGUUUCUAGAAUGCGGCUGCGUGCUUGCGGUGAGCGGCGCGCCUGAAACAGCGCGCAUUGUGUUGCGGCGCCACUUUCCGCGCACGCGUUGUUUAGACGACGGCGUGCUCCGCGGCACCGGCGAACGACCGAGGGCGAAAAUUAGAGAUGACGGUAUGAGGGGUAUCGUACUGUGUGAGUGAG